AGCUUGCUGUUGGACAUGCGCGUGGUGUAGAACACAGAAUAUGGCGGCCUGCAUCUGAUGGCAAAUGAAGGAUCUGACGCGAAUACCUUCUCGAAACUGUAACCAGAUCGGAACUACAACUACGUUACUAAGUCUUUGGCCGUGCUGUGUUCUUACCGUGGAGCUCAGCACCGCGUCGGUAGUGGCACAUUGACCAGUCUGUGGUCUCCUCACCUGGCACCUGGUGGUACCAUCGGUCAAAAUGGGCCGAACACCUCAGAAAGAGCCAAAAGAAGAGAGGAGGGAGAAACCUGAGAGAAGUAACCCCUCUCCGGGAACCGGUCCCCCCUCUCUGGAUAAAUCUAAUGAACCCUUCAGUUGGGAGGAGUACCUUAAGGAAACGUCUUCCACAGCCGCUUCUCCCAGCUGUUUCAGACAGUCCCGUUUCCCUCCCAGUAAUGACUUCAAGGCUGGUAUGAAGCUGGAAGCCCACGACCCUCGGAACAACACGUCCAUCUGCAUCGCCACGGUGAUGGGUAUGAUGGGUACACGUCUGCGUCUCCGUCUGGACGGGAGUGACAACACCAACGAUUUCUGGAGACUGGUGGACUCCUCAGACAUCCAGCCUAUAGGGACCUGUGAGAGGAGAGGAGACAUGCUACAGCCACCUCUGGGCUUCAGAAUGAAUGCCUCCUCGUGGCCUAUGUUCCUCCUGAGAACCCUGACUGGAGCAGAGAUGGCACCAGCCACAGCUUUUAAAAAGGAACCCUCCAAACCCUCCCAGAACCUCUUUAAACCUGGGAUGAAGCUAGAAGCAGUGGACAAGAAGAACCCCUACCUGAUCUGCCCGGCAACCAUCGGAGAGGUCAAAGGUGAUGAGAUCUUUGUGAUGUUUGACGGCUGGAGAGGGGCCUUCGACUACUGGUGCCAGUUUGACUCCAGAGACAUAUUCCCUGUAGGAUGGUGUUCUCUGACCAGGCACAGCAUCCAGCCUCCUGGCAACUUCUUCACCCUCCCCAAGGCCCUCUUCCUCCCAGCCUCCUCCUCUCCCCCCGCCCCCUCCAGACGCUCCAUGCAGUCCCCCUCCUCCUAUCGCCUGCCCCAUCCGCUGCCCCCUCUGCCCGUGCGGAAGGGGGUCCGGGGCCGGCGCCCCAAACUGCAGACCAUCGCCCUGCUCAAGGCAGCAGCGGAGGCAGCAGCGGAGGCUGCUCUGAAUGGUACGCCACAGGUCUCCGGCUCCCAGCUAGCACCCAGACCCCAUAAGAAGAGGGGGCCCAAGCCUGGGAGCAAGAGGAAGCCACGUGUGCUGCCCUCCUCGGGGACAGGCUCUGUAUAUACCACAGCCUCUGAGACCAGACUGAUCAACCUUCAUGGACCGAAGGACAACAGCCCUGGAGUGGUCUCCACAGUGUGUGUGUACGUGAACAAGCACGGAGCCUGUGGUCCACACCUGGACAGGAAGCAGUUGCAGCAGCUGCCGGACCACUUUGGACCGGGUCCGGUCAACACUGUCCUACAGCAGGCUGUUCAGGCAUGUGUGGACUGUGCCUACCAACCAACCUUCCUCUUCAGCUUCCUACAGUCCCAGUCCGACGGAGGAGAGAUCAUCAGAGUGCGGUCUGAUGGGGGGAUCCACUAUGUCAAGCUGCCACAGGCCUCCUCUGCCUCCUUUGUGCUCAGGUUCAUGGAGACUCUGUGUCACCAACUGCAAAGUGACAACCUGUUCUCCUCCCAACCCUUCAGCCCUGCAUUCAUGGCCUCCACUGGACACACAGCCUACGACAGGAGCACGUCAGUAAAAGAAGAGAUGUCAGAGGCCUUGUCCAUAGCCAGAGGCUCCGUAGGAAGGAGCAGGCGUUUCCAGAUGGACAGAGACAGGGACUGUAACCUUUACCCUUCUCCCCUGUCCUCCUCCAAACGGCUGCACAGCACAGAGGCACACCCCUCGGAAGAGCCCCUUCCUCGCAGUGAGAACGGUUUGACUGAGGACCCUAUGGACACCUCCACCUCUCCCUCCAUGACCCCUCGCCCCCUGACACAACGCACCACCUCAGAGUACCGUGGCCAGGGGUCCAGCAGCCCCUACUACCCUGGGUCUGGCCCUGGUCACCCCCCACCACCACCCCUCAGGCGCCUGGCCCCCAACCCUUCUGACCUGGGGUCCAGAGGGCUACAGAGACGAGUGGAAGGUAGGCCUUGUAAGAGCUUAACCCCCAUUGGCUGGCUGACUGGGCGGGCCUUGUGUGUGCCUCUAGAUUCUAGUUGGCCAUUUACGUUUGUUUGAAUGUUGAUCUUUUUGGGGGGGGCUAGGCUUCCUGUGUUGGAGCAGAUCACAUUCAACAUUUUACUAACUUAGCAGACGCUCGUAUCCAGAGUUAGUUAGUGCAUUCAUCUUAAGAUAGCUAGGUGAGACAACCACACAUCUCAGUCAUAGUCAGUACAUUUUCCAGAAUAAAGCAGCU